AUGUUUUUACGCGACAACGAGCUGGCUCGUGGGGGUCGGGUCCGGCGGGAUGACCGCACGCGUGUGCUUCAACUGGCAAGAGAGCAGCGAAAAGAACGGGAACGGCGUCAUGAGCACGAAAAGGCUGCAAAAGUUUUGCAUGCGUUUGUGCGUGGGCGUCUUACUGCACGACGAGUGCGGACACUCACGCGCAUUGAGUUUGACCAAAAACUGAGCGACAUUUGUAAUUUAAAGACCAUUUUACAGCUUCCCAAUAUGCCUUUGUCUUAUCAUGUGCUCUUUGAGUUGCUGCAAUUACUUCAAUCUUUUUAUACAAAAAGUGUCGACGAUGUGCAAAGAUUGCAGCACUUUAGUUUAUUGUUCAUUGACGCUCUAGCUGCUGCUAAGGAUGGAAUACAGAAAAAUGAAGGAAAAGAGAGAGAGUGGAAGCUGCAACGACUUGUUGACAUGUGUUUACAAUGCGGCACUUGCUCAGCUUCAGUCAAUACUGUGACGGGGUUACAACUUGUUAGAAUGCUAAUGGACUUGCUACCAGAGGUGAAGCAAUACUUGUUGUCGGGUCAAUUGACUGUGAUGUCACAACAAGUUGGAAAGAUGCUGUAUAGUGAGAUGCCAAGCGCCUCAGUGAUUCGAAUUAUUCGACAAGAGUUUUUACUCGCAAGAAAUCAAUUAUUGUAUGCAUCUUGUACGAAGGAAUCGAGCCAUUGUAAUGCUUUGAUGGAAUUUGUGGUGCAUUUGCUUACGAUGACGAGUGAAAUUCAAGAAGCGUUUGUGAUGGAAAUUCUCUCUGUUCCACUUUUAAAUCAAAUCGUUGCAGCUGAUCGACUGCUCCAGCUCACCAACUUGUCUCUCUGGGUCAGACUAUUGCGUGCUGGAUUGCAAUUGUCAGUAUUUGAUAUUCCCGCAUCGCCCGUUUCAGGAAUUGCAUCAGAAGCGUGGCUUCUCGGAAAUAUUCUUUGGUUAUCUGAGCGUGUGGAAAGUAAAAGUGACGCGAUCGUCUUGAGCGAAGUUCAGCUUUUAUCUAAGCUUCUGCAGUCAGUGCCUCCAGUAACUUAUGCUGCAUCUGGCGUAGCAGUUUCAUGGACAAAAGUUUCAGAGUCUCACUCGGUGCCCGUGGUGUUUCCGGACGCUUUGAAUGAGCAGCUCCGAAUUCUGGUACAUGAUCAGUACUUGCGCGCAAUGUGCAAUCAUCUUCUUUCAUUUUCGCCGAGCGCUCUGCGCCAUCCGCUAGCAACUCAGCGCCCGAUACCAAUGUACCCUGAAGCAUCAACGAUCGCUGAGCAAUUCGGUUUUGGUGAUAUCGCUUCUGCCUCAUCAUUAUCAACGUCACUUUCAAUUACAUGGCAGAAAGUGAAAUCAAUCGGAAAAGCGACAUGGGCCCGUAACUUAUUACAGAAAGCGGGGUUGCGGCGUAGACAAGAUGACAGUGGAGAACGGUUUAUCGUUGAUGAGAAAUUGCAGUUUACGAAUACCUCGAAAGAAAUGCAGCAGCAGGUUGACGAUGACCAAGAGCCAGCAGCCCCUAUAGCUCAGCAUGCAGCGACUGCAAUGCUCUCAAAAGCUCAAGGUCCUUUUGAACUUGAAAAGGUUAAGGCUCUAUCCUGUCUAUGCGGGACAUUUCUAUUUCGAUGGGGGAAUGAUGGCGGUAAGCGACAAUCGUAUGCCAUGCGUCUACUCAAUACGCUGGCAUUCUACCAUGUCGAAACUGUCAAAAGUGAGGAAAAUGCAACGCAAUGCGUCUCUCUGGUAGAGAUGCUGUGGUGUGUAUUGCAAGACACUAAAAACUUUGAAGUGUAUGCGCGGAAUGUCGAUUUGAUCCAUGCACGUAGUUCUGACCCGUACGUGUGCAUGUUGUUGCUGUUUUGCAUGUCGUACGAACACCUGUUGGUCGUAAUGGAUGAUGAAGAGAUGUACGAACAAGAGUAUCCACUGCCGCUAUGUCAAAUCGAGCGGAUCGUACUGAGUCUAAAGCAUGCGCUUUAUGAAGCGUAUUGGACGUACGCUCAUCUCGCACCUUCGACUGAGUCCGUUGCAUUUGGUAUGUUUGUCGUCGAAAUGGGGACUCGGUUGAUGCGAGUUCUUUAUAAUCGAUGUUCUCGGCAGCCUUUUUGCAACGUCACGAGCUGGAUCAUUGCCGAGCUUAAUAGUAGCCAAUUGAUUGAAGAGGUUCUGUUUGGAACCCCGCGAGCAAACAAGCUCAUUCAAUCGAUGCCGUAUCUUGUACCUUUUAGUGAACGAGUCAAACUAUUUCAACGCCUUGUCAAGUCCGACAAAGAGAUACACCAAAACGAAAACUCCUCAGUCUACCGCAUUCGAAUUCAUCGUAGUGCUAUUCUUCAAGAUGGUCUACGAAAAUUAAACACGAUUCGAGCAAAUCUGAAAAAGCGCAUUAAUGUGGUAUUUGUGAAUGCUGCUGGACGUGAGGAAAUGGGAAUUGAUGCGGGUGGUCUCUUCAAAGAGUUUUGGCUGGAUUUGUCGACACUAGCGUUCGAUCUGCAGUAUGGCCUUUUCCUAACUACUCACGAUGAAUUGCUUUAUCCAAACCCUAGUUCAGCUUCCGGUCACUUUUCGCGUGAAAGCGACCACUUAACAAUGUUUCAAUUUGUUGGUCGAAUAUUGGGAAAAGCUCUUUAUGAAGGUAUUGUGGUUCAGCCGAAAUUCGCCCACUUUUUUCUUUCAAAACUUUUGCAUUCAUUCAAUCACUUGAAUGAGCUGCCGUCAUUGGAUCCUGAAAUUUACAGGAAUUUGAUGUUUCUCAAGUCGUAUGAAGGAGAUGUCGAGGAUCUUGGUCUAACGCACACGAUUGUUCAGGAAGUAUUUGGUGAGCAGAAGGAGAUUGAGAUUAUUCCUGGUGGUGGGAAUAUACCUGUGACGAAUCGGAACAAAACGCGGUACAUCCAUCUUGUUGCAAAUUACUAUCUUAACACUCAGAUCCGUGAACAGUGUGCAGCUUUUCGAAUGGGAUUAUCGGAUCUGAUUGACCCACGCUGGCUUCAGAUGUUUAAUGAGCCUGAAUUACAAGUGCUUAUUUCUGGAAAAAGCGGUAAGAUCGACGUUGACGACCUCCAGGCGAAUACUCGGUACACCGGUGGCUAUUACGCUAUGGACAAACGUGUAGCAUGGUUGUGGCAAGCAUUAGCGAGUUUUACGCCGUCUGAACAGGCAGCGUUCUUACGCUUUACAACGAGUUGUCAACGCGCUCCGUCACUAGGCUUCGCCUCGCUCACCCCGCAGUUUUGCGUUCAAAAGGUUUCGGUUCAAAACGACGACGAGCUUCUGCCGAGCUCUUCGACGUGUUUCAACACAUUAAAACUUCCCACAUAUUCUUCGUAUAAGGUACUACGUGCUAAACUGCUUACGUCCAUCUCAGCCGGCGCUGGAUUCGAGAUGACAUAA